CUAGGUGUAAUGUAACAGUGUGGAUGCUAGGUGUAGCAAUUGUCUCCCAUUUGGAAAUAACGCUGGACCAUGCCAAUGUUCUGCCAACCAUGUCUUGUCAAUAUCUCCUAGUUGUCUUAUGUGGGUUUUUCUUCAUCACUUUAGGGAACCUCUAUCUAACCACAGAGUUAACCGCCCAGGGGUUCAUCGUUUGUUUUAUUSCUCUGCUAUUCUAGGMCUUGGCGCAGGAGGAUAUCCACAGGGACAGGAGAAAUAUGGGGGUGGAGUCAGUCAGCUUCCUUUCAAUGGAGCCCCAGUCAAUACUGCUGGACUGGAUGGUGAUGGAAGCUUCCCUUAUGGUGCUCAGCAACUGGGCCUUGGUGGUGGUGAUGGAGGCAAAUCCGCUGGCAAAUAUGGCAACGGUGGAUUGCCACAGGGUGCACAACAGGGUGCACAGCCUUAUGGACCUGCGACUGGUGGUGGGAAACCACCUUGCAAAAAUGGAAACGGAGGGGGCUAUGGAGCACAGCCAGCAGGCUAUGGUCAAGGACAGCUGGGUGCAGGUCAGAGUGCCCCCUACAGUAACGGAGCAGGAGGGAAGGAAAGCAAAUAUGGUGGUGGUGGACUGAAUGGAUUCUUUGGAAAUGGAGGGUACAAAGGUUAAGUCAAUCAGCUGAGGCCUUCUUGAAGUGAAUAUUUGUUCCGUUCCAUCAUGUGUUCAUUGUGAUGUUUGUUGUUUGGUCUGUUGUUACAUUUAGCUAUUCCAUUUUUGUUCUUAUUUGUGUUUUUUUGUUCAUGGUCCUUGUCUUUUGUAUUGUUGUGUGUCUGUUCCCUCUCUUCCCCUACUGUUUUUGGAGAUUGUGUUGCCAGUGUGUUUGUGUUCAUAUCCAUUUCACACUAAAGGUCAGAAAGCAACUGUAUAAUAUAUGUCAGUCUCCUCAUUCUUUUAACCUUGGCAACAGUAUGGUAAAUGUACUGUACAUGUAAUGUGGGGGUUGAGUUUUAAGACUGAAGCUCUAUGAGUUUAAAUCAACACCAAAUAAAAUUCAAAGACCUGUUCCCAAAACCUGA